AUGAUGGCGCAGCCAAUGAUGGUGGAGCCGCCCAUGAUUCGGCUACCCGUUGCCAAUCAUGAAGCCUUGCGAUCUCUCGCCGAUUGCGCCGCGGCGGCAGGAGCGCCCCCAGCCUCCCCCGGAAGGUUCUCCGCCAAGCAGGCUCGCGGAAGCCCCGGGUCGCGCUUCACGCCGCGAUUCUCGCUAGGGAAUGUGCUUGGUGAGGGGAGCUACGGCGUGGUCGAGCUGUGUCAUGAACGGUACACGAUCACGCCACGUGGCACCAAGAUCUACGCCUGCCCAGCGGAAAAUGCGGAUGCCGUUGGCACACGGUCAAAUUCCGAACACUUGACUAGCGACGGCAAAGGAAGCUGCUUCGGAACCUUCGCAUGUAAGACAGUGCAUAAGCCGGCGUGUGACAGUAACGAGGAUCCGCGAGUUUUGGCGCUGGUGAGGGAGAUCAAGGUGAUGAAACACCUGGGUAAACACCCAAACAUUGUGCAAAUCAAGGGUGUAUACAACAGCAAGGAGCGGCUGCGACUGGUGAUGGAGCUUGGCAAAUCUGCUCAUAUCCUUCCUCUGGAUCACGACGGCCUUCCUGAGCCGCUUGCGGCUGACAUUUUUCGGCAGCUAGUGAGCGCCGUGGCGCACUGCCACUUGCACGGUGUCAUCCAUCGCGACAUCAAGCUGGAAAACGUUCUGCUGACGUCAGGCAUGCCACUGAAGCUUGCCGACUUCGGGCUGGCAAAAAUUCUCAAGCCGCCCGAGAGUGAAGCCAUUGGAGAUACUGGAAGCAAGCUGUACAAGGCACCAGAGGUCUACGAGCGCCGGUGGUACACCACCCAGGCAGACAUGUGGAGCCUCGGGAUUGUCCUGUACGCACUGCUGUCAGCCCGCUUCCCUGAAACUGACGCAAAAACCGGAUUGCUGGCCAGUACUACACCUGAAGUUCUGUUCAAGAGCAGGCUGUGGGGAACAGUAUCUGCAGCUGCAAAAGAUUUGAUUCACCGGCUUCUGUCUUUCGACCCUGCAAUGCGACCCACCUGCGAGGAAGCUCUGCGACAUGAAUGGCCUCGGGUGGUUCCCCCGCCUAUGCAACAGCCUCUGAUUUCUCCCAUGGUCCCGCCUCCUGCAGCAACCAGCCCAACCAGCACAGCCACCAGAGCAGAAACAGGAGAUGCGGUGAGACGAGAUUAUGACCAAAGCUCGGCCAGUAUCCUUGAUCGAGUGUGGCAGCAGCUCGCUCAUGAGCCUCCAGCAUCCACACCUCGCUUCUCUGUACCUGAUUUUGCAGUGCCUUCUGUUAAGGGGUGGGGGGGUGGUAGGACGAGUGGGUCUCGUCUCAAGCCUAAGAGAUCACCGCUGCGUUCGUCUUUCCGACUGAUGUCACUAAGCAGCAAACCAGCAGCAGGCAGCCGCACGUAA